AUGUCCCUUGUUCUUGCAGCCAUCCUGUUGGCAUGCAUCCAAUCCACCGCAUCUUCCCAGGUUCCAACUGCACCACUCCACAAUGCGUCCGAUGAUGCUGCUGAUCUUCAGGCUCUGCUUUGCCUCAAGCUCCACCUCUCCGACAGUGCCGGAGCCAUGGCAUCCUGGAGAAACGACUCUCCUGAAUACUGUCGUUGGCCCGGCGUCACCUGCAGCAAGAGCCACACGUCCCGAGUCACCGGGCUGAACCUGGAGUCGUUCAGCCUCCAUGGCCAGAUACCACCUUGCGUUGGAAACCUUACUUUCCUCACGAGCAUCCACCUUCCGUUUAACCAAUUGAUCGGCAGCAUCCCACCCGAGCUUGGCCAUCUGCAUCGCCUCGCCUACCUGAACCUCACUUCUAAUGGCCUCACUGGUGGGGUACCGGAAGCUCUGUCCUCAUGCUCUAGCCUUCAGAUCAUCGAUCUCUCGAACAACUCUCUCGAUGGUGAGAUCGCCUCGGGCCUGAGCAAAUGCUCAAAUCUGGAAGUGAUCUACCUGUAUGACAACAAGCUACAGGGAGUCAUCCCGGAAGGGUUAGGUACACUCUCCAAACUUUCGGUUCUGAUUCUUGCAAAUAACCAACUGACAGGCAGUAUUCCUCCCUCAGUUGGGAGUAACUCAUUUCUUGAUGUUGUCAUUCUCACAAAUAACAGUCUCACCGGAGGCAUCCCACUUUCCCUGGCAAAUUGUUCAUCGCUGCAAUUGCUUGAUUUAACAAAUAAUCAUCUUGGAGGGGAGAUUCCUUCUGCUCUUUUUAAUAGCCCCUCACUUCAACUCAUAAUGCUUGGAGUUAACAACUUUGUUGGAUCUAUCCCUCCAAUCUCAAAUGUCUCCUCACCACUGGUGAGUCUUGUUCUCUCCCAAAACAACCUCUCGGGAAGCAUACCAUCGUCUAUAGAGAACUUCUCUUCCCUUCAGCAGCUUUUGCUUUCGCAAAACAACUUCCAGGGAUCGAUUCCAUCGAGUUUAUCCAGACUGUCAAACUUGCAGCAGUUGGACUUGACAUACAACAAUUUGUCAGGGACAGUUCCAGCUUCUCUGUACAACAUGUCUAAACUCACAUACCUUGGUAUGGGCUCAAACAUGCUCACUGGGGAAGUUCCUGAUGACAUAGGAUAUACCCUUCCAAGCAUUCAAACAUUGAUUUUGCAGGGAAAUAAAUUCCAGGGAAAAAUCCCCACUUCACUAGCCAAUGCAACAAAUCUCCAAGUGAUUAACUUUCGUGACAACGCGUUCCAUGGUAUCAUUCCUUCCUUUGGGAACCUGCCUCAGUUGACACAACUAAAUUUAGGGAUAAAUCAACUAGAAUCAGGGGACUGGACUUUCUUAUCCUCAUUGGCAACUUGUACCCAACUAGUUAGUUUAUGCCUAGAUAUGAACAUCCUGAAAGGAACCUUACCAAGUUCGAUUGCAAGACUUCCGAAGAGCUUGGAAGAACUGUUGCUAGAUAGAAAUCAAAUAUCAGGUACCAUACCAGAACAGAUAGACCACCUCCCAAACCUUUCAGUUGUUCAUAUGGAGCAAAAUCUGCUUACCGGAAAUCUCCCAGAUUCACUUGGAAAUCUGCCAAACUUGUUCGUUCUUAGCUUAUCGCAAAACAAACUCUCAGGACAAAUUCCGCUUUCAAUCGGUAAUCUGAGUACAUUAAGUGAGCUAUAUUUACAGGAGAAUAAUUUGAGUGGAACAAUUCCUAGUUCCUUAGGGCAAUGCAAGAAUCUAGAGGCCUUAAACCUCUCUUGUAACAGCUUUGAUGGUAGCAUACCAAAGGAGCUCAUUGCACUUUCCUCUUUCUCUGAAUGGCUGGAUUUGUCUCAUAACCAACUCGAUGGAGAAAUACCAGCUGAGAUUGGUGGCUUGAUCAAUCUUGAUCUUCUAAACAUUUCCAAUAACCGGUUAUCUGGACAAAUUCCCUCCACUCUGGGUGAGUGUGUCCACUUGAACUCGCUCCGUAUGGAAGGGAACCUUCUUGAUGGUGGGAUUCCUGAUUCUUUUAUAAAUCUCAGAGGCCUCAUUGAGUUAGAUCUUUCACAAAACAAUCUAUCUGGCAUGAUACCUGAAUUCAUUGAAUCAUUUGGCUCCAUGAAGCUCCUCAAUCUGUCCUUCAAUGAGUUUGAGGGACCUGUACCAACAGGAGGGAUAUUUCAGAACACAAGUGUGGUUUUUAUUCAAGGGAACAACAAGCUAUGUGCAAGAUAUCCGUGGCAAAAGUUACCUCUUUGCAAUGUAAUGGCAUCAAAGCGAAAGCACACUAAAAUUCUCAAGAUCACAGGGCUCACAGCUUUCUGUCUUGCCCUGACGCUAUGUUUAGUGAUCAUUCUAUUGAAGAAAGCGAAGAGAAUCGAGAAAGCAUCUAACCCUUCCUGCAAGGAGUUGAAGAAGUUCACAUAUGCCGAUCUAGUCAAAGCAACAAAUGGCUUUGCCUUAGCCAACUUAGUUGGCUCAGGAAAAUAUGGAUCAGUGUACAAAGCUAAAUUUCAGUUCGAGGAGCUGCCGGUUGCUAUCAAAGUUUUCAAGCUCGAUCAGCUUGGGGCACCAAAGAGCUUCCUUGCUGAGUGUGAAGCCCUGAGGAACACUCGUCAUCGAAAUCUUGUCCGGGUGAUUACUGCUUGCUCAACAUGUGAUCCAGUAGGGCGUGAGUUCAAAGCUCUUGUUCUUGAAUACAUGGGCAAUGGUACCCUGGAGAGCUGGCUAUACCCAAAAGUGAACAAAUAUGGUCUGGAAAAGCCUUUGAGUUUAGGGUACAGAAUAAAAAUUGCUGUGGACAUUGCUUCUGCAUUGGAUUAUCUGCAUAACUAUUGCAUUCCACCGAUAGUCCACUGCGAUUUGAAGCCCAACAACAUCCUUUUGGAUGAUGCCAUGGUUGCAUGCCUUGGUGAUUUCGGGUUAGCUAAGUUUCUAUAUGAUAGCAAUUCUUCAAGGAUAAAUGGAUCUACAAGCUUAGCAGGACCAAGAGGAUCAAUUGGAUACAUUGCUCCAGAGUAUGGCUUUGGAAGCAAAGUUUCAGUAGAUGGUGAUGUCUACGGCUAUGGAAUUAUCAUCCUAGAAAUGCUGACGGGAAAGCGACCAACAGACGAAAUGUUUACUAAUGGUCUGAAUCUUCACAAAUUUGUGGAAAGCGCAGUUUUCUCUCAAAGGAUUGGUGAGGUUCUAGACCCCAAUAUAGUCACAAAUUUCGAAGAUGUGGAAUAUAAUCUUGGCCCUGAAAAUCAUGUGACGGGUGGAAUGUUGGGAUGCAUCAUGCAACUUGCCAAGCUUGGUCUCUCCUGCUCCAUUGAGACACCGAAAGAUCGCCCGACGAUGCAAGAUGUUUAUGCUGAGGUCAUCACAGUCAAAGAAGCAUUUUCAGCUCUUCGUGUUUGAGACAAACCACAUUGUUACUAUUGUCCACAGUUAUUAUUGGCGCCUAUGCUUAAUAUUUACUAGCUUCAGAGAAAUUUCGUUUCCUUCAGUGCUGUCUGCUUGUAUUGUACUUUGCUUUACAUAUGGGAUUAUCAUGUAACUAACUUUACUGCUCAGCGUAUCUUGGAAUAAAGUUCACCAUGGGAAGUUCUCCAUGG